CAUUGAGGCCCCAACCAUCAUCGCGUCACGCGUCUCUGAAAAUCCGUCAUUGCACAUGAGCCAUAGUCGGACUUAGUGAAGAAGACAACAGCGCGUUGAGGAGAGGAAGAGCAGCUAAAAGGAGAAAAGAAGAGAAGACAAAGAGCUUAAAACUAGUCCUUGAAACCGCACGGACUGAGUCAUUCGCGCUGGCCGCAGAGUCCACACAACAAAAAAGCUGAUCUGCUCUGGUUCUGCUUCACUUUGCUUGACCCUUAAUCUCAAAAGUUAUGGCAAACGCCAUAGCAGCUUCCCUUUCCGGCCUCAAGAUCGAGGGAUGUUCGAGGGCGGGAACGCCCUUUGGAGACGACGACUCCCCGCUGAUCAAGUCUACCGAAGACGUCUCGAUCCCUCGGCUGGUGCACAAGUGGAAGAACUCAAAGUCGGUGCUGUCGCUCGCGGUUUCGGAUAACUACCUGUUUGCAGGCACGGAGGGCAACGUUAUCCUUGUGUAUGAUCUCGAGUACUUCCAAGAAGUCGCGGUUCUGAAAGGUCAUGGUGGAAGUAUCCUCUCUCUGCACAUCUCAAAUAAAAAACGCCUGCUUUUCUCCGCCGGCAGCGACUCGAUAUUAAAGAUCUGGGACACAGAAACUCUACAAGAGCUCUACUCCGUCUACUCCGUCUACGACAUCGGCGACAUCUUCGCAGUGCAGUACAGCGAGUCGCUGCAGACCGUCUUCCUCGGCUGCCAGAACGCUUCGAUCCAGUGGUGCGAUCUCACGACGAUCGACCGGCACACGUCGGCCGACAAGUCGCACAUGCCUGGCAACAGAUUCAAUAAGUUCUUCAACUCUACCGGACCCGGGGGGAAUCAGUCGCGCGCGCCACCGAGUACGAAUCUGUCGGUUGCGAAAGCGCUGAUCGAGCUGCCGUAUCAUAAUGUUGUUCCCUACGCGCACAACGGGUACGUGUACUGCCUGAUAAAUUACCGCCCGUCGACGCACAUCGCAACUUCCUCGGUCGAGGAAAACAGAGACACGCUUCUCUCCGGCGGCGGCGACGGCAUAGUAAACUGGUGGGUGAUGCGGGAAGGCAAGCUCGUCAAGAGCCGGUCGUUUGCGAACCAAACCAGCGUGCUCAGCAUGACCGCCGUCGACACCUUCCUCUACUGCGGCCUCACCGACGGCGCAGUCGCGAUCUGGGACCUCGACGCCGGACAACUGAUCCGCUCGAUCCAGGCCCACAAGGCCGACGUGCUCUCCAUCUCCGCGCUCGGGAGCUGCAUCUUCAGCGGGAGCGCUACGGGGUAUAUCCGGAAAUGGUCACGCGAGAUGCAGCUCGCUGCGCGGUGGGAAUCGCACGACGGUCUGAUCCUGUCGACGAUCGGGGUUAGGAGGGGUGACCGCGCGCUCCUGUUCACGGGCGGAAACGAUAACUCGGUCGUCAUGUGGGACAUCACCGACGCGUUCCCAGAGUUGGACCAGAACCUGUCGUUUGCAAACGACCAGCUGCUAGCCUCGCUGUCGACCUUUGUCUCGUUCCGGACGAUUUCAGGAUCGCUAGACACAAAGACCGAGUGCCGCCGCUGCGCGUCGUAUCUAAAGCGGCUUUUGCGGACAUAUGGCGCGACCGCAGAGCUGAUCACCACCGACGACAAACAUAACCCGGUCGUCUACGGCAGGUUUUCAGCAAACUCGGAGGACAAGAGCGGCAGCACGGUCUUGUUCUACGGACACUAUGAUAUCGUCGCUGCCUCGGACGACGACAGAUGGGAGUCUGAUCCGUACCUUCUCUCUGGCCGGAACGGGUACCUGCACGGCCGCGGCGUGUCGGACAACAAGGGUCCUAUUCUCGCGGCGGUCUUUGCCGCAGCCGAACUGUACCAGGAAAAGAAGCUGAACGCGAACGUUGUGUUUCUGAUUGAAGGCGAGGAAGAGAGCGGGUCGGUUGGGUUCCAGACGGCGGUCGAGAAGAGUCGCGCGAUGAUCGAGCCGGAUAAAGUAGACUGGGUCGUGCUUUCAAACUCGUACUGGCUCGACGACAAGACUCCGUGUUUGAACUACGGACUCCGCGGGCUGAUUCAUCUGACGGUCGAGAUCUCGAGCGAUCUGCCGGAUCUGCACUCGGGAGUCGACGGAGGUAUCCAUCGGGAACCGCUGAUGGACAUGACCAAGCUUCUGUCGAAACUCACAGACGACGACGGCAGGGUCAACGUCCCUGGGUUUUACGAGCCCGUGCGACCAAUCACGGACGCGGAGGAGGCGCUGUACGAGCAGAUUGUGAAAAACACGUCGAUCCACUUGCUGAAGGACCAGCUGAUGGCGCGCUGGCGGUUACCCUCGCUCACGAUCCACGCGGUGCAAGUCGCGCGGGCGACGAACCAAACCAUCAUCCCGCACAAGGUCACCGCCACCUUAUCAGUCCGCACGGUUCCCGACCAAGACACCGACACGAUCAGCACAAGUCUGCAAGGUUUCCUCGUCUCCGAAUUCGGCAAGUUCAGCUCGCCGAACCAUCUCUCAAUCAAGCUCAACAAGCGCGCAGACGCGUGGCUGGGAAACCCCGAGAACGACGCGUUCAAGACGCUCGCGGGCGCGGUCACAAAGGCGUGGGAUAUCGAGCCGCUGUAUAUCCGCGAGGGAGGCACGAUUCCCGCGGUGCGGUAUCUGGAGAAGAUAUUCGAUGCGCCGGCGGCGCAGUUGCCGUGCGGACAGUCGAGCGACCACGCGCAUUUGGAUAACGAGCGGAUUCGCGUCGUGAACUUGUAUAACGCGAAAAGCAUCUGGAAGGCGACGUUUAACGAACUUCCACCGAGGACUACGAGUUCUUGAAAUUGCAUCUAGUUUGUUUUGCUGAGAUAGUAUAGAGGAGU